AAGAAGGUGACCAAGCUCAAGCAAGCUGCCGAUGGCUUGAAGGUUUUUGCUUUAUUGAGGAGCGGAAGCUCGCCAGGGAUAAUGUAUUGUGAAGGCGAAGAGAAUGGUGUCAGACANAAUCUCCGCUACAAGGACUAUCAGCUAGUUGCUCGUCCAGCGGCUGUUCAGCACGAGAAUCAGCCAACCAAAGAAUCACAAGUUAGACCUGGUCUGUAUGAGACAGAUACGGUGAGCGACUUCGGCAAACAGCUGCAAGAUCGCGGUGUAUAUGAAUGGUGGCGCAAAGCUAUGGGCUAUGCAAAGGAGUAG